AGUUGGAAUUACGAAGGUAAUUUGAAGCGAUUCGUGUUUUGACCUUUAUUGGAAUGGAUUUAGAAAUAAAAACAUACAUUUUGCGCGGUCCUUGAUUUUCGAUAUCUUCCCGAAAUGUGCAAUUUAAGUGGAAUCAAACAUUACGAAUUCGCAGACAUUUCCAACAAUACUGCGCACGCUGCUGUAGGAUUGUUUUGGGCAGACGGAUGUCUCUGUAUCUUGUUCGCAGUUCUGGGAUAUUUUCGCUAUUCAUGGGUACGAGUUCUUCACUAUUCCAUCUGUAUGAGCGCUACAUCAAACCUUCCAUGGGUUGCAUUUUUUACACUCACUGCGAUCAGUUCAACAAUGAAUGGCCUGCUGUUUUUCUUGAAAAAGAAUGAACAUCACUAUGGCAUUGUCAUUACUGGUUGCAUAUUAAAUCUUUGUAGCAUUUUGUUUUUGGCGUUUGCAGUCAAUUAUCAAUGGAAGCACAGGGAAGAAGCGUACGAUGAUUUGACAAACUCGUUAAGAACUUCAGAAACAACACCUAUUUUGUAUGACGAGAGCAGACUGAUAAGUCUUAUGAAACAUUCAAAAAUAGACGCAAUCCCACUUUUUAUAUUUGUUCUGUCCUGUGGAUUUUUCAUUGCUGCCUGGAUUAAAAAAAGAAAUAACUUCUUUUGGCUAGCUUUGAGUUUCAAGUGGUGCUUACAAAUCGUAGUUUUCGUUUCGGUUCUUAUCAUUCACUGCAAAACAACGGUCCAAGGACCAACGGUAGUUGUGAAGUGUGCUUUACUCGCCGGGGUCUUGUUCAAUUCAAUAUCUUAUAUACCAUCUUAUAUUUGGUUGAAGUGUAUUUUUAAAUAUGACGAUAUUGUAACAGGAGUUUUUUAUGACGCGUUGGUUGGAUUAAUAAUCUCAUCUCAUAUCGUUUUCUUCUUCGUAAUGAGAGCAGAAUUUCUACGACUAAAAGAUGUUGCUAGAUGGCAUGUCGCCUCAAGGAUUCAUGAUCUCAAUCCAACCGAAGAGUAAAGGAAGACAAAGAACAUCUUUGACAGUGCAUCAACAAGACAGAAAUAAUAAAAAGUCGACAUUAUAUCAACUAACCACGAGCGUUAUAAGCGACUUAGGAAAUUUACAAAAAUGACGAUGGUUCGUUUGUACAAAAAUGUUUAUUUACGCGAGAUGUUCUCGGUAUUUUACCGCGUCUUGGAAAACUUUUGAAAGUCACAAUUAAAUAAUUAUCACAUUUAAAAUUGAUAGAUUUUUUACGAAUAAAAGGUUUGGAAACCGUCAA